AUGGAGUCACAUACAAUUGAAAACGGCGGCAGCCAGUUUGGGAUUGCAGGCAGCACUCAAACGUUGGGUCUCACUUCGACUAGCAGCAGUACUGCACUGUUCAAGAACAACAAGCGAAUGCGUUUGGUGCUUAUAACCCUCUGCUUUGUUCUGCUGGCCGCUUGCAUUGUGCUCUCAGUUUUCCUGGUCUUGAGCAUUCGCAAGGAAGACAAAAAUGGAGGAGAAAGGGAUGGAGUAACUUGUCCAAAAAGUGCUCAGCGGUGCAGCUCCGAAACCUGUCUGGAAGUUGCAUCCAAAUUACAAAAGAGUAUGAACGAGACCGUGAAUCCAUGUCAAGAUUUUUUUCAAUAUUCCUGCGGCUCUUGGAUCAAAAACAAUCCAAUCCCAUCCUCCGAAGACAGGAUAUCUACUUUUGCUGUACUAAGAAAACAAGUCAACGAGCAGAUUCUGUUUUUGUUGCUGGAGGAUGCUAGUGGUCCUAAAGAAAACGCUGUAUCAAAGGCAAGAGUCUACUUCAAAUCCUGCAUGAACGAGGAUGACAGCAAUAACAAUGGGACAAUCGAGUUAAAGCGUCUUAUUUAUCGAUUUGGAUCCUGGUCAUUAGACAAUGGCACAUGGAAUGAGUCAAGAUGGAGUUACAUUGAUACUUUACGGAAGAUUCACAGCGACGUCUUCGCCAUUUCUCCCCUCUUCAAACUUUACACUUCUGCAAACCCUUACAACUCUUCAAGAAUGAGUCUAAAGGUAACAAAAGUUAAAAAUAAACAGUUAACGUUAUAUUUUGUAAAGAGUUUUGCCAUUAGUUAAUUUCAGUUUCUUGAACUGCGUCAAUUAUUAUUUCGUAUCUGGGUGACGACGUAUGUAGCCCGAGGCAACCCAAUGUCGCAAUAACUUGAGUUAAAAUGUUAUAAAGAUAACCAAGGUCUUUUGAGUUGUUUUUGCUACAUAUUACGAGAGAUAAGGCAACUAAUCCACAAGGAGAGUAAUCAAGUUGAAGAGAAGCCAACAAUUUACAGGUGCAUUUUAUUAAAGAUAUAGUUAAUGAACCCCCAAAUUAAAUGUCUGGUCCAGAUUGCUAAACUUGUGGCUUUUUAAGUCUACCCAAAAUUUGAUCCUGCGCAAAUUCCAAGCAUUCACGCUGAAAAUAUUAUAAUACAGACGGGAUCUUUUAAGUACACGGACGGACUUUCAUUGUUCAUCGCUUAGUUUAAUCUGAUUUUAAACGGAGAUGACCAGACGAAAUCGUUCAAAUUAGUGGGCGUGUUCACCAAACUCCAUGACACAACUUAGUACUCCUCAAGAGGCAUGUUACACUAUGAAAUUUUACAGAGCAAAAUCAGCCUUAUUUUAUUUGGACACUAGUGUAGUCUGAGAUGGGAAAUAAUUCAACAUAGCCACUAGGUGGGAAGUUCAAUUAUCAUGAAUAGAGUUUCAAGUCUGUUUCCUAAAUAGGCAAGUUGUAUUUUUUGACAUUCUCCGUUAGUUAUUGAACGGCUUACCACUAAGAGUUUCAUGGUUUUUUUGGUACUCAAAUGGACAGGUUCAAUACUACCGCUGAUGGUUCAAUACUUUAGUGUGCUAGUUGGUCGUUACACCACGUACUACAAAAACAAAUGAUCAAAUUACCGACCAAUUUUGACGUUCUUAUGACAUUGACACACCCAUAAGACUAGUUGGCUGGUUUGAGUUGUUAUGUCUACUGCUAGGUUCGUGACACUUGCACUCGCUUGUUUAAUUAAAUUGUCCCUUUAAAUAUUUCUAUUAAAAUUGUUGUUUGUUCCGGAGAUGUUGACAUAGGCUGCUAUCAUUUUCUCCCUGAUAUGUUUCUUUCCCACUGUCUUCAAAAAAGACCUCCUGGUAGCAGGUUGACGUUGGUAAGGAUGACUUACUAGUUCUUUGGGUUGCCUUUCCUGUUCCGUCCAAAGGAAGACCAAUAUUACACUUUACUAGACUGGGUUAGUUCUCUCGGAAAGUCAUUUUUGUUUUUUUAGACAGACCACCCCAGUCGAAGCUUCCCCGACGACAGUAUUCAUGGCCUGAAAAAAGGUGUCAUAGCAGAAUGACCUUGACUAUUGUUAGUUACCAUUUUCUGUACAUAUGGAAACAGAACGUCAACCUCAAUUUUGAAGCCGUCGUUUUCGGCACCCUUCACUAAUAAACAGCACACUACGAACUCGCACUGGAGACGCGUACGCUAAACCAGUUCUAUCGAAGACUUUCAAUCUUUCAGUGUUCAGCUGUUGACAAUUAAAAUUAGCUGUUACUUCUAAAUCAAUUAAGGCACAUUCCCGGGAACACUUUAAUCCACGAAAUUGUUCGCGCAUUUCCCAAAAUUCAAUAAGGCUUCAAGAACCAACCAGAUCAAUAGAUCAGUUAUCUUAAUCUUCCAGCUUUGUUUUUUGACUUUCUAUGUUAAAAAAAACCUUUCGACGCACUGAUUUGCAACCGCAUAUGGCCGGAAGUAGAGCCGGGCUUUAGACUCUGUUAUUCUUGCUGAUCAAGGUAGACAAAACAGUCACUGCGCGCGAAAUCUAUUGAGCAGCAACCAGGAAAAACUGGCAUCAUCUUGUACUGAACAGCCGUCUCUCAUCGCUCUUCGACGCUCAAGACACUUCCCAGGAGCGAGGAGAAACGGCUCAGUAUCCGCAGCCUAAAAAAAGUUGUCUUUUCUACUUAAUAGACAUGUGUACUCAAAAGAGCAGUGCCCCCAGAUUUGCGGCUCAAUUCAGUAAGGUCAUGCAUCUUUUAAUAAUUCAAUAUUUUACUAUUCCAUUAAAUGUCGAUGUUUUUCAUUUUGUAGGUUAGCCCUCCAAGUCUGAGUCUGCUUCGUGAUCAGUACUUUGCAACGGACAACAAGGUAGAAUUAUACUUAACGCCAAGUGUGGGGAAACAGGGACGGGCCAUUGCAAUCGAAUUUAAAAUUAGCAGUCUAAUUGGUUCAAAAGUGUCACCAGACAAUUUGACCAAUCAAAAACUGUCGUCAUCCAAUGCCAAAUUAAAUUCAGAACCUUCCCAAGUGUCCGCUUAAUAGAGGUUUGUAAAGAUUGCGCAAUGUUUGUUAACGAUAAACUUUCAACGGUUAUCCUGUACUGUGAUAAAGAUCCAUGUUGUUAAGGAAGCUAAGGAAGCUGUGUUGUAGUUUGAGCAAGACUUUCGUUCUAAUCUACAGUUUAUUGACACCUAAAUGUAUUGAUUUAUCUUUAUUAAUCGACUACAAAACGUAUUUCAAGGACGUAAUCCAAUACUACUAUAGUCAAUUCAGUCCGUAGACUUUCAAAAAAGUCCUUAGUCGGAUUUCAUAUGGCCCUCUCGCGACUGCGUCGCCAAAUACAAUUUUAUUUUAGUGUUCGCGUCCGCUGAAUAGGGGGUCGUAAUAAAGGGAAACAUAACGCGUUAAUUUCGGGCCCCGGCUUAGCAUCCGCUUAAUAGAGGGUGUCCGCUUAAUUGGGGGUCCUCUUAAUAGAGGUUUCACUGUAUUUAAAAACCACCUUAAAGUAACACAAGAGGGCAGGGUAUGAAUACUUUUAUUAUUUUCUCAACUUACGCAGCUGUUGAGCGCGAUUUAGCCAAAUUUAGCCAAUCAGAGUGGCCGAAAAGUUCCCAGCCUGUGGGCAAGUUCUUCAUUGCUGGUGAGAGAAGCGAGCCGCGAUAGAACGCGCGACUCCCCCCAAAUGGAGAGCUUGAUCGGAGACUACUAAACCUUCCUAACUGUAAAAGAAUAACUGCUUCAAACAGCGAGGUACAGUUGUAAUAAUUACAGCAGUACAAAAGAAAGGUUGGACAAAAUUGACAAAGAUGCUUAAAACGGGAUGAAAUUGUUCUUUUUUUUAAUUCCUAAAAAUGCAUGCAAAACAAUUAGUCUGUUCCAACCGGAUGAACUUUAUGUACUGCUUUCAACCUCUUAAUGACCCUCCACCUUUGUUGUGCUCCGUCGUUUACCUCCUGCAUUACCUCGACCUUUUCCUCGACCGAAAGGUGAGUAAUGAUAACAUUUGUUUGACUGCUAAAACACAGUGCGACUGCUAAGAUAGCGAAACCAAGUUGAGAAAGCGGGCUCACGAUUUUCUGGCAAUACUUCAAAAAAGCCUAAGAUCAUAUUGAAAUCAAAGAAUACCGUAAAAUGAUUUUGUAUUGAUCGUGGGAUGAUGUCUCAUUGCUCUGAUGGUCUACCUGAACUAAAAGUGCAUGUAUGUCUUUGCCUUUGAAUAACUAUAUUUCCAAUUAAAUUUAUCUUGUAUUGCGGGAACAGGCAUAGCUCGGAGAGCCUUUUUUCAGCUGUUUUCAGUUACUAUGAAAUUUAGCAGAACCCCUGGAAUCUAGCCUGAUUUAAUGGAUGACAUGCCAGUUCUUACCUAAACAGUAUCAUGGAGCCCUUACCGAUCUCCUCCGGCCAGACCUACCGUCCCCUCGCCCACAGGAACACGAACGUAGUUUUGUUGAUGUACCUAAUAUAGUGACCUUAGCUUCCCUGCCUCGUACCCAGGCGCGUUCUAGCCGAUUCGAGAGCGACUGAGAUUUUGGUUUCGAGCUAAAUGUUUUGACGGAUAAGGGAUUUUACAGCUUUUGUGGAAGCGGGAUGCCCCCAAAUCUUGGCACGGGAUGAGGUACUGGGAAAGAAAACGUUAUUCGGGAAAGAGAUACAUAUGACAGAAGUUAGGGACGGGGGAUUGUAGUGAAAAAGGAGGUUAAAGCGGGAUAAGGACGUCCCCUUCCAGAACCUGAUGAAAAAAUUUGUAAUAAAUAUAAAGUAACAAAGGAAAAUCCCAGUGACUGUGUAUUAUAAUCAAAGCAGAAGGGCAUGGAAAAAUCGUAGCAACUGUGUAUCUUCUCUUGUGUUGCAGAUCACUCCUCCAAAACGCGAGUUAUAUGCCAAUAUGUAUAAGACCAUGAACAUCUCUGACCUUGAAAGCAAGGCUCCGGGUGUCACUGGGGUACGUAGUUAUUUAGUAUGUCCUAAAUAAUAAAGUUUUCAGUGAGUUUAGGAAAGAAUAAGGAUGGCCUUUAACUGAGUUUAAAUUCCUGAUAUGAUAGCGUUCUGGCCCCAUAUAUUCAUACAUGAAAUUUUCUUUUAUGAAAAAACGCUGGUUUUGAAUUGGAUAAAAAUAUGGCAGUAUCAGAUUUUUAACUCCUGCAAACACAAGAAUAAAAGGCUUUGUAGCUCCCGCUUUUCAAGUUUCUGUAAAAUUUCCGUACUUGAUCUUCAAACAGUGCACAAUAAUUAUUUUGAUCUUUCUUUCCCUUUUUCCGUUCCCCCAGCAUAAUUGCUGAGUGCCACUGCCAAAUAACCUAAAAGCUAAAGUGUUCCACUAGCUACAAUUCAUCACUUGUAAAUAGUUUUAUUGAUCUCUAUUUGUCACUUUGCGAUGUAAAGGGUUGCUGGAAUCUUAAGAACAGUUCACAGCAAGUAGAGUGCCAUAUUUCAGUUUUCAACAGCCAUAACUUGCAAACUGCUGAAGUCUGCUUUAAUCUAUCCUCGCCUUUGUUUUUCAGUUCACGUGGGAAGGGUAUUUUAACGACCUACUGCGACCUUUUAAUUUGUGGAUAAACGCCUCAGAUCAAGUAAUCGUGCCCUCCUCGGAGUAUCUACGGAAUUUGUCCUACGUAAUUAACGGUACAGAUAAGAGGUUAGAGGAGUUUUAUUUCCUAAAUGGAUGUUCUUUGACGAAUGACCACAAUAAUCUCUUACGCUUCCAUACGCGAAUAAAUUGUUGCAAUUGUCCUACUUUGAGUUGUUCAGGACUGUGAACGGCGACAAAACCUUCCUCCGCUCGUUCAACCGACCAUUUCGUGGAAACAGAAUUAAUUUACACGCACCCAGCUACUUGCUUAGAAUUCUGAUUGGACUGACAAGUCAGCGACCUGGUUUGGUCUAACAACAAUCAAUUGAAAAUGGCAACAAGUAUUUAUCACGUUUUCAAGUUGUCGCUGGUAAACGCUUUGUUACUCAGCAUCAAAACUACACUACUUUGCAGAAUAGGCACCUAUUUUUAAGAUAGUUGCAUUUGUAUAAACACCAUUCUCAGGAAUCAGACUUCCUAUCAAUAGCCAGUAUUUCUUUUGGCCAUUUUAAAAUUCCGCACGGAGACUGGGUCGGUGAGGAGUCGAACUGCACUGUGGGACUCUUUUGGAGAAAGAAUUUUGUUGCAGUUUCCUGCGCAACUUCGUUAAUAGCCAAUCAAAAUGCCUGAUAAAGCGUCCUCAAAACAAUCCCACAGUGCAAUUCGACACAACACUGACCCAGUCUCUCAACUUUAAAACGGUCAAUUAUGAACGCGUGGCAUGCAGUCACCAAUUCAGUAACAAAUCCGGAUCAAUUUAUGUUUUUGGGAAACUGCCGACCUACCCCUCCCCUAAGCCAACAUUGUCAUUUACUUCUCACUUAAGGCAAAAUGUCGGCUUGGGGGAGGGGUGGGUGGGCAGUUUCCAAGAAACCUCGAUAUUUCAACUCCCUAGGACCCUGUCGAACUACAUGAUGUGGACCCUUGUGCGCUAUUUUGUUCCCUACUUGUCACGUGACUACCGCGAGGCUCUGCUAGAAUAUGACAAAGAAAUCCAAGGAACAAAGACGGCCAAGCCUCGCUGGUUACAUUGUAUAGAAGAACUGAACAGUUAUNCAAUAGCCAGUAUUUCUUUUGGCCAUUUUAAAAUUCCGCACGGAGACUGGGUCGGUGAGGAGUCGAACUGCACUGUGGGACUCUUUUGGAGAAAGAAUUUUGUUGCAGUUUCCUGCGCAACUUCGUUAAUAGCCAAUCAAAAUGCCUGAUAAAGCGUCCUCAAAACAAUCCCACAGUGCAAUUCGACACAACACUGACCCAGUCUCUCAACUUUAAAACGGUCAAUUAUGAACGCGUGGCAUGCAGUCACCAAUUCAGUAACAAAUCCGGAUCAAUUUAUGUUUUUGGGAAACUGCCGACCUACCCCUCCCCUAAGCCAACAUUGUCAUUUACUUCUCACUUAAGGCAAAAUGUCGGCUUGGGGGAGGGGUGGGUGGGCAGUUUCCAAGAAACCUCGAUAUUUCAACUCCCUAGGACCCUGUCGAACUACAUGAUGUGGACCCUUGUGCGCUAUUUUGUUCCCUACUUGUCACGUGACUACCGCGAGGCUCUGCUAGAAUAUGACAAAGAAAUCCAAGGAACAAAGACGGCCAAGCCUCGCUGGUUACAUUGUAUAGAAGAACUGAACAGUUAUUACCAUGGUCUCACAUUCGCAGUGGGUUACAUGUGGAUAAAAAACGUGUUCGACAAAGACAUUAUACCAUUUGUGAGUAUUCCUUGUCGCUGUUGAUUUGAAUCCGAUCAACUUCCGCUUUCGCGAUGGCAAAUGUUGAUAUAUUUAUAGAUGUAUUUAUUAAACUGAAGAUAAGUUUCUUUUUCCUUUUUACAUUUUCCUCAUUCUCUGUCUUAAAAGGAGUGCAUUACAAUACCAUGACGCAUGACGUCGCGGCAAACAUGUUAGGCCUGUUUCAAACGUCGUGCUACUGCCGUGCCAAGCUGGCUUGACUGUAGCUCGACUGUAGCACGACACUGGCACGACUUGGUUUCAGACGUCGAAUUUAAUUCAGUCGAAUAGAACGGCUGUUGCCGAAAACAAAACACAAAAAUAUAGAAACGGUUUAGCAAACUUUUAAAUGUUUCAAACGUCGCGCUACUGCCUUGCUAAAGUCGAAUUUAAUUCGAGCAAUUGAGUUCGGCACGGCAGUAGCACGACGUUUGAAACGGGCCUUAGUGUAUACACUGAAUAGUUUUGGGAUUGAAGGCCUCAUCUCUAAAAGGAAGGCCGCCGUGGCACGAUGGUGAAAUGUCCUAUUGAGAUUAUUUUCUCAAUAUCCAAAUAGUGCGUUUCAUCUAAUUAUGUCUCAAGCCGCUGUUAUAAAAAGAAUUAACCUUAAAAUAGUUCUAAAGAAAAUUUCAAAACUGAAGUUUAAAAACCGGAUUUUAAAAACUCCUAUUUUUUAAAAACACGAUUACAAAGAUUGGGGGAAAAAAGUUUAUACUGAAAAAAGCAGUACGCGGGAGAUAUUCCAAAGCAGGAAUAGCCGACACAGUGUAUUCUUACCCUAUCUCUGACACAUUUAAACUAUCCCUGCACUUUUUAGAAAAGGAACUGAACUCUUUUUUUACAUUGACGUCAAUUUUGGGGGACUUGCAAAGCAUAUUCGCUGACUGCUGUUGUUUUGUAACAGAUCCAAGAGAUGAUGACAAAUAUCAGGGCAGCAUUUAAAGAGGAAACGAAACGUUAUGAGUGGAUAGAUGAGCAGACACGGAAAAAAAUUGUCGAAAAGGUUUGAUCUAGUUAACAUUUAUCCUUUAAGAGAUGUGUCUAGACUUGCCAUUAGUAGACCUCACGAGUUAAGGCGAGUGGGUCAAGCUUUCUAGGCUGCGAAGCAGGGCCGGCCAAGCGCGCGAGAGGUGGCCACUAUUAAAUUGGACAAACGACUUUUUUGAAAGUCUAUAAUGUGUCCAUCCCGGUCGUUUUUGUUCUAUUUAAUUAAAUUUCAUCUUCCAUAAGGUAUUUCUAAAGGAUGUGCAAGGAUGUGCAAAAAAAUUGAGCAAUAUAGUUAUCUUUUCUCAAAAUAAAGAUGUUGGCACCAAUCAACACCAGCUUCAGUGAUCAAACACUUGUGACUUCUUUAUUUAAUACACUUUCAAAACUUAUUCUAAAUAAUUAGCGUAUUGGUUAUACCCUAAACCUUGACGCCAUCUUGGCACGGAACGUUGCCAUACCAAUUGUGUAAUUACAAAAUGAUAAAUCCACGUUAAAAUGUCGCCACAGAAUUAAGGAGCAAUUUGUCCCCUGUGAUAGCGGAGCUCCACGCGCGAUGCUGCGGAGCCCCAUAGCUAAGGAAAAGUGGUAAUCUACCCAUUCGAGAAAAUUUGGUAAUCAAGUGACCUUACACCGAGCGAGCGAGCGAGCGAGCGAGCGAGCGACCGUCCGUCCGCACCACAGGCAUACCAAUGUAAAAUAACCCAAUCAACAGGUAUGGCAACCCAAAUGCAACUCAAGGUUUUAUUUGGAAGGAAAUCACAUGGCCGCCUGGACUUUUAGAAAGAGAAAACAACAACAAAGUCGUGUCUUUUUCGGCGUUAUUUUUUAUGUUUACACUAACGUAGAUAACAUAGAAAGAGCUAGAGCGAGUUAUUGAAAACAAAGGAGACGAAUUUCGUAGGAAGCAAAACAUGGAAAUUCAAAGAGGCGGUGAGAAAAUUUUAGCGGUCAGCAAGGUGAAAAUGAGCGGCAGUGAAAAAUAAAAGCGAACAUGAACACAGAAACAAAAUAUUGGGUAAGCACAUACGACAAUUCCCCCAUAAAAAUAAUGUGUAACUAGGAAGUUUGACGUUUUAGUAGUACAAAACAGCGUUGUAGUCGUGCAAAACAACGGCAAGGGAAAGACAAAACAGCGUGCUGCACGUGCAAAUGUGUGCUACACGUGCUAUUUGUUUUGUUUUGCUUUGUUUUUUUUUGGUUGUUAAUUAGAUCUAUUAGUCUUGAAGCCAUUUUCAUUGCCGUCCCCGUUUAGCAUUACGCGAUUUAAUUUUUUUGGUUUACACGUAUUAUUAACCAGAGCUUCGCUUUUUGCCCUGGCUAAAUCUAUAUAUUAUUAUAAGGGGAAUAAUCAUUGCAGGUACAGUUUGGGUUAAGUCCUCAAGAAGAAAGGGAGAGGAUUCUAACUGACAGGCACUUAUUUUCUCUCUGAAGGAAAUCGCGAUGAAAAACAAAAUUGGUUUUCCAGAGCUCUGUGCCAAUGAAACGUUACUCAACCGUUUUUACGAGAACGUAAGUUGGAAAUUUAUUUGGAAUUAGUUGAAAAGGAGCAAAAUAUCCAGUAUAUCUUCCUUUUUGCGGACAUGUUUUGCAGUUAUCACAAUAACUUACCUCAGAAAGGUUUGAGCAAGCUGAUACUUUCCCAGUGUAGUUUCUUCCUUCGUUAAAUCCUUCGUUAAAUCACCUAAAGACUGGUUGGUUGAACGCCAAAGGUUUCUCCGUAAUUUUGUAAAAAUAUCGUUAAAGCUGAGCGGCCUAUUCUCGGACAGGUAAUCCCUAUUCUCGGAUGUUCCUUCGUACACGACUAAUCCUGAGCAUCGUGUUAAAAAAACGUCUCGUUGAAGAAAAGAGGAGUAACAUUGCAAGUAAACAAUGCCUUUUCCUGAGUUAAAAAACAUUUUAAAGUCGGUUUUAGUGAGUCCAUCCUCGAGUAUUCAUCGCAAAAUUAGUGCGCUUAAACAAACAAACAAUAAACAAACAAGCGAUUUUAAAUAUUUUGCCAUUUUAGAAAUUGCACAUUUAAGUUAAUCCCAACGGCUGGGUGUCAAACAAGGUAAGUUUCAGCUAGGAGCAGCUGGGAAAAAUAAUUUUCUUCUUUUACGAAACUGUUGUUGAACUUGAAUAUGUGUCUGGCUUUCGCGCUGUCCGAGGAAUCAUGAGGCAUACCUCGAAAAAACAUACCAAGUUCUUCCCGUGUUCUUGGUCAAAAAUGUGAAACAGUUAACUCAUAAUUCUUACUUGGAAGCAGACCUUGUUCCUUUUUGCUGAACUUUCUCCAAAAUGUAGUUAUUUCUGUUGAAUAUUUGGCUAGAACGAGGUGCAAACUGGAACGAUGUAUUAAAUUCAAUGUGUGAAGAAACACAUUUUACCUACCUUCACAAGAUCUUCAAAUUUUCCAGCCUAAACCGCAACGAGACCUGUCCCAAAAAGAAUUAGCGAAAGUAGACUAACCAAUAACUCAACGGAGACUACCUGUCCGGUUUUAGUUAAAGUCUAGGACGAAUAUACGAAACAUUAAUGCGUACAGUCCGAGAAUGGGUGCGUCCGAGAGAUAGGCACACAAACUGUCCUUAAAUACUUUGCGCGAAGCUACGCGAUUGUAGCCCCGUGGGAUUAAUUCUAAAAAUUCGAGACGUCUUCACUAACCAAGCAAAUUUUAUGUCAGAAAGCCUUCAACGUUUGAAUUUUUAAAAAAAGAUAAAAAGUUUAGUCUGCCUCAGUCAAAUGAUAAAGCACCUUAGCUUAAUUUCCGACAAUCCGAGUUUCCAUCCGCUAUAUAUUGAUUUCAUGCGUAAUAUUUUUCUGGACAACUCGAUAAAGCUAAAUUACAGGCACUGAUUUUUCUAGAUUUUAUCACCUCUUGGGCAACCCCAUUUUUUCCUUUUACAAAAAAGCCAAGAAACUCAACUUCCCGCGAGUAAGCUAUCGUCCUAGGAGAUGGGAGUAGGGUUGAUAACCUGUUUGAAGGACAUAAAAUGUUAAGUGAUAGUUCUAUAAAACUGAUCACAAUUCAAAGAGCGCACAGUUAGCAUUUGAAACGCAUGACUUUGAUACCCAGAAUAGCCAGAAAAGGAGAGUUAAUCAACAGUAAUUUAAUUUUCAAUUUAAUUUUAGCUGAACAUUAGUACUGACAAUUACCUUGUGAAUGCCUUGGAUGUGAUGAAAUGGCAAACAAGGUCAUUUCUCUCAACUCUCAAGACCCCGGUGGAUAAAGAAAAGUAAGUAAGAUGCCGAGUACAAGAAGUCUUUUUUCUUUUUGUCAACUGUCAAAUUACGCCCAGGGGGUACUCAUGGCAAUUCUUGGUGGGGGGAGGGAUGUACGACACCGUUGUCCAAAUCCUGACCCUAUUUCAAACCAAAAAAUAUCAUUUUUUACACCCGUUGUGAGCUUAAUCAGGAAGAGUUUUUUAAGACACGUUUCUUACCGGCCUUUGACCAUUCUGUAAGUACGCGGAAUACGAUUUUCCAGACCAGAUUGUACUAUGAGUAUAGAGGAAAACCAAACUUUAAAAUUUGGGCAUGUUGAAUUAACUGAAAAGUUCCCACAAAAUACAACUCCGUGUAUCAAACAAAGGUAUCUAAAAAUAGACAGCCAACCAGCCAUAUAACUAAUGUAAUGUAAGUAAUGUACCCUUAUUUCUAUUAACUCCUUACAGAUGGUUUACUGGACCUCAGCUGGUCAAUGCUUUUUACUUACCAAACACAAAUGAAAUAAGUAAGAAAAAUUUCUAUGUUUUUUAGUUAUGUCAGCUAUUGAACCUUUUUAACGUAAAACGUACUCUCCCUGAGGGCUUUUGCACGCGAGUGUUGUAUAAAUUCUUGUGUUUAAGUUUUAAGCUUGUUAUGUUGGUAGAACCACGAGGCGCGAGCACCUAUUUCGGACAGCCGUCUUCGCAUGUUUUUAGGCAUCUGUAGAAUUCAGAGUCUCGAACUUCCUGCUCAAAGGAGUGAUUCGAGAUCGUGUGGGUUCGCACGCCAGUAAACCCAUAGAAAGUGUGGUGUCUUCCAAAUAUGGUAAGCACCAGUUGGUUAUGAAGAAUUAGCCAGGGGAUUGCAGCCAAUCAGAAACGGCGAAAUAUUUUGAAUGAAUAAUAACGAACUUUGUAGCAUUGUGCACGAUUUAUAUCCAAGAUGAUUUCCACAUAUUAAUGUGAAGUAUUUUGUGGGUUGUUUUGAAGAUUUGUGUUAUGUGGUGUUUAGUUUAUUUCAUGUUUGUAUUUGAACGUGCUUGUUUGUAGAUCUUAAGAGUACUCCGUAUUUUUGUUGACAGGUUUUUUAUUAUUAUUUUCUUUUUAAUGAGUUUGUCACUAUAAGUGAUAUUUAUCUUGUGGUUUUAAAUUCGAGUGUUGGUCCUUAAGGUGGACACACUUGGAAUUAUAGUUGCUCGCAGCUGACCUUGUAGCCUGCGAAAACAUCCGUUUCUCCGCGCUCUUCGCCGAACCCAAAUGCAACUCAAGGUUUUAUUUGGAAGGAAAUCACAUGGCCGCCUGGACUUUUAGAAAGAGAAAACAACAACAAAGUCGUGUCUUUUUCGGCGUUAUUUUUUAUGUUUACACUAACGUAGAUAACAUAGAAAGAGCUAGAGCGAGUUAUUGAAAACAAAGGAGACGAAUUUCGUAGGAAGCAAAACAUGGAAAUUCAAAGAGGCGGUGAGAAAAUUUUAGCGGUCAGCAAGGUGAAAAUGAGCGGCAGUGAAAAAUAAAAGCGAACAUGAACACAGAAACAAAAUAUUGGGUAAGCACAUACGACAAUUCCCCCAUAAAAAUAAUGUGUAACUAGGAAGUUUGACGUUUUAGUAGUACAAAACAGCGUUGUAGUCGUGCAAAACAACGGCAAGGGAAAGACAAAACAGCGUGCUGCACGUGCAAAUGUGUGCUACACGUGCUAUUUGUUUUGUUUUGCUUUGUUUUUUUUUGGUUGUUAAUUAGAUCUAUUAGUCUUGAAGCCAUUUUCAUUGCCGUCCCCGUUUAGCAUUACGCGAUUUAAUUUUUUUGGUUUACACGUAUUAUUAACCAGAGCUUCGCUUUUUGCCCUGGCUAAAUCUAUAUAUUAUUAUAAGGGGAAUAAUCAUUGCAGGUACAGUUUGGGUUAAGUCCUCAAGAAGAAAGGGAGAGGAUUCUAACUGACAGGCACUUAUUUUCUCUCUGAAGGAAAUCGCGAUGAAAAACAAAAUUGGUUUUCCAGAGCUCUGUGCCAAUGAAACGUUACUCAACCGUUUUUACGAGAACGUAAGUUGGAAAUUUAUUUGGAAUUAGUUGAAAAGGAGCAAAAUAUCCAGUAUAUCUUCCUUUUUGCGGACAUGUUUUGCAGUUAUCACAAUAACUUACCUCAGAAAGGUUUGAGCAAGCUGAUACUUUCCCAGUGUAGUUUCUUCCUUCGUUAAAUCCUUCGUUAAAUCACCUAAAGACUGGUUGGUUGAACGCCAAAGGUUUCUCCGUAAUUUUGUAAAAAUAUCGUUAAAGCUGAGCGGCCUAUUCUCGGACAGGUAAUCCCUAUUCUCGGAUGUUCCUUCGUACACGACUAAUCCUGAGCAUCGUGUUAAAAAAACGUCUCGUUGAAGAAAAGAGGAGUAACAUUGCAAGUAAACAAUGCCUUUUCCUGAGUUAAAAAACAUUUUAAAGUCGGUUUUAGUGAGUCCAUCCUCGAGUAUUCAUCGCAAAAUUAGUGCGCUUAAACAAACAAACAAUAAACAAACAAGCGAUUUUAAAUAUUUUGCCAUUUUAGAAAUUGCACAUUUAAGUUAAUCCCAACGGCUGGGUGUCAAACAAGGUAAGUUUCAGCUAGGAGCAGCUGGGAAAAAUAAUUUUCUUCUUUUACGAAACUGUUGUUGAACUUGAAUAUGUGUCUGGCUUUCGCGCUGUCCGAGGAAUCAUGAGGCAUACCUCGAAAAAACAUACCAAGUUCUUCCCGUGUUCUUGGUCAAAAAUGUGAAACAGUUAACUCAUAAUUCUUACUUGGAAGCAGACCUUGUUCCUUUUUGCUGAACUUUCUCCAAAAUGUAGUUAUUUCUGUUGAAUAUUUGGCUAGAACGAGGUGCAAACUGGAACGAUGUAUUAAAUUCAAUGUGUGAAGAAACACAUUUUACCUACCUUCACAAGAUCUUCAAAUUUUCCAGCCUAAACCGCAACGAGACCUGUCCCAAAAAGAAUUAGCGAAAGUAGACUAACCAAUAACUCAACGGAGACUACCUGUCCGGUUUUAGUUAAAGUCUAGGACGAAUAUACGAAACAUUAAUGCGUACAGUCCGAGAAUGGGUGCGUCCGAGAGAUAGGCACACAAACUGUCCUUAAAUACUUUGCGCGAAGCUACGCGAUUGUAGCCCCGUGGGAUUAAUUCUAAAAAUUCGAGACGUCUUCACUAACCAAGCAAAUUUUAUGUCAGAAAGCCUUCAACGUUUGAAUUUUUAAAAAAAGAUAAAAAGUUUAGUCUGCCUCAGUCAAAUGAUAAAGCACCUUAGCUUAAUUUCCGACAAUCCGAGUUUCCAUCCGCUAUAUAUUGAUUUCAUGCGUAAUAUUUUUCUGGACAACUCGAUAAAGCUAAAUUACAGGCACUGAUUUUUCUAGAUUUUAUCACCUCUUGGGCAACCCCAUUUUUUCCUUUUACAAAAAAGCCAAGAAACUCAACUUCCCGCGAGUAAGCUAUCGUCCUAGGAGAUGGGAGUAGGGUUGAUAACCUGUUUGAAGGACAUAAAAUGUUAAGUGAUAGUUCUAUAAAACUGAUCACAAUUCAAAGAGCGCACAGUUAGCAUUUGAAACGCAUGACUUUGAUACCCAGAAUAGCCAGAAAAGGAGAGUUAAUCAACAGUAAUUUAAUUUUCAAUUUAAUUUUAGCUGAACAUUAGUACUGACAAUUACCUUGUGAAUGCCUUGGAUGUGAUGAAAUGGCAAACAAGGUCAUUUCUCUCAACUCUCAAGACCCCGGUGGAUAAAGAAAAGUAAGUAAGAUGCCGAGUACAAGAAGUCUUUUUUCUUUUUGUCAACUGUCAAAUUACGCCCAGGGGGUACUCAUGGCAAUUCUUGGUGGGGGGAGGGAUGUACGACACCGUUGUCCAAAUCCUGACCCUAUUUCAAACCAAAAAAUAUCAUUUUUUACACCCGUUGUGAGCUUAAUCAGGAAGAGUUUUUUAAGACACGUUUCUUACCGGCCUUUGACCAUUCUGUAAGUACGCGGAAUACGAUUUUCCAGACCAGAUUGUACUAUGAGUAUAGAGGAAAACCAAACUUUAAAAUUUGGGCAUGUUGAAUUAACUGAAAAGUUCCCACAAAAUACAACUCCGUGUAUCAAACAAAGGUAUCUAAAAAUAGACAGCCAACCAGCCAUAUAACUAAUGUAAUGUAAGUAAUGUACCCUUAUUUCUAUUAACUCCUUACAGAUGGUUUACUGGACCUCAGCUGGUCAAUGCUUUUUACUUACCAAACACAAAUGAAAUAAGUAAGAAAAAUUUCUAUGUUUUUUAGUUAUGUCAGCUAUUGAACCUUUUUAACGUAAAACGUACUCUCCCUGAGGGCUUUUGCACGCGAGUGUUGUAUAAAUUCUUGUGUUUAAGUUUUAAGCUUGUUAUGUUGGUAGAACCACGAGGCGCGAGCACCUAUUUCGGACAGCCGUCUUCGCAUGUUUUUAGGCAUCUGUAGAAUUCAGAGUCUCGAACUUCCUGCUCAAAGGAGUGAUUCGAGAUCGUGUGGGUUCGCACGCCAGUAAACCCAUAGAAAGUGUGGUGUCUUCCAAAUAUGGUAAGCACCAGUUGGUUAUGAAGAAUUAGCCAGGGGAUUGCAGCCAAUCAGAAACGGCGAAAUAUUUUGAAUGAAUAAUAACGAACUUUGUAGCAUUGUGCACGAUUUAUAUCCAAGAUGAUUUCCACAUAUUAAUGUGAAGUAUUUUGUGGGUUGUUUUGAAGAUUUGUGUUAUGUGGUGUUUAGUUUAUUUCAUGUUUGUAUUUGAACGUGCUUGUUUGUAGAUCUUAAGAGUACUCCGUAUUUUUGUUGACAGGUUUUUUAUUAUUAUUUUCUUUUUAAUGAGUUUGUCAAUGUAAGUGUUAUUUAUCUUGUGGUUUUAAAUUCGAGUGUUGGUCCUUAAGGUAGACACACUUGGGAUUAUAGUUGCUCACAGCUGACCUUGUAGCCUGCGAAAACAUCCGUUUCUCCGCGCUCUUCGCCGCUGGGACGUUUCGCGCGGAACGUUCCCAGCGGCGAAGAGCGUGGAGAGACGGAUGUUUCCGCAGGCUACUGACCUUGUAGGUUGUUUCCUACAUGAGACUGAAGUCCUAUUGUCAAGUGUACAUUGGUUAAUUACACUUGGCAUGUUUAGCCGUGUAGGUUUGUUUUAAUCCACUUUGGUGAUCUACAGGAAGUGCUUUCAGUAGUAAGCCCAAAAGCACCUGCAUUUCAGUUAUUUAAGUUGUCAAUAUUUGGCUCAGUUAGAGGUUAAUUUGGAGCAGUUUAAUAAGAGGUGUGUAGAAGAACAAAUAAUGAAUAAAGUACUCAAAAGUUGUGAUCCUAGAUUCAUGGUGAGUCUUUGCUAAGCAAGCGAGUUGCUCGUACAAUCAACCCCAACAUAUUAUUGGUGGAGAACCCUGGCAUCGCUCAUGGUAUCUCUCACAACUAAAUACAGCAAAAGACAAACCUUCAAAACAACCUACCAGAUACUUCACAACAAUAUGUAACACUGUAGAUGGCGGAUGCACCGUCAAAACAUGUCUGGUAAAUUAAAGCAAGUCGUUUUGUUUCUGGGACAAUAUUUCAGUACUGUAGCUGUUUUUGACCCUAUGUCAACUAUAAAUUACCUACUGUAGCUACAAAUAAAUAAAAAAUAGUUAAGUUAGUUAUAAUUAAUGUUAACGAAACAGUGCAGUCUAAUAGGCGGUCUAGGUAUUGAAUGUGGGUUGUUUGUUCUGUUAGACAUUCUGGCGGGAAUCCUGCAGCCUCCUUUUUAUUAUGGUAGAAAAGCACCAAGGUAGGACAUUUUGCAUCAUCAGUGCAUUUGCAACGUUAACAUAAAAGUACCUUUGUCAUCUUUCCCUCAAUUUAAAGAAAACUGCUGUAUUUUAUAGCAACGGUCAAAACGCGCCUGACUGGAGAUUUUCGUUUUCAUGCACGCAAAAGUUUAAAGGUUUAACUUGGAAGUUUUGUUUGUUGAUUAAUUGAUUGAUUGAUUUAUUUUUUUGCCUAUAGGCUUCGUCCCCUGCUUGCUUGCGAGGCUCUGCUAUUCACGUAAUUAGUAAAACGUCCCUUAAUUAACAGGUCUCCAUCUUGGUAAAUUUCUAUCUCUGUUAGAUUAGCUUCAAUUGAAGCCACUAAAGUUUGGUCAAGUUUUAUAAACUCGUUCCUCUGUUUAGUUAGUAUAUGGCUUAAUGAUCUUUUUCUUUGCUCCAUCCCUUUGCUUUUGUAAUGUACCGUGUUUUUGCUAAGGAAAUUCGAUGGAAAAGUUGAUAAAUUAUUUCUUUAUCAAGAUGAAACGUUUUGUAUAAAACUAGAUUAAACUUUACUGAUUUUGAUUUUCGAUUGCAGAGCGGUAAACUUUGGGGCAAUUGGAAUGGUCCUUGCGCACGAGUUAUCUCACGGAUUUGACGCAACUGGUUAGUAAAAUGCCUAAUGAUACAAUCUAGGAGCCCUUUAGAGAAUAGUGUCACCAAGUCACCAUAGGCGGCUAUCUGUCAUGACCGUCUUUAACAGCCUCAUUUCCAACACAUCUUGUCUGUUGUGUAAACCUGCCAAAAGAGCAAAAGUCGGCGAAAGGUCACCUGAUGGCAGGUUAGGCCGAUGUAUACCUUCAAACCAAAUGCCGUGAUACCUAUUUCCCAAGUAAAUAAAUCCUAAAAAUGAGAAUGAAGCGUAUCUCAAUGGUUGUAGUGCCCGGCCCAAAACCAGGUAUAGCCUUGUUGGUGCACUUUUAUAUUUCUUACGGAAUUUUAUGUACAAGUUUGGAUGCAUCUCUUCAUACCCCUAUGGUGAAGGAGUCGUUUUAAGUCCCCGGCAAAUAACUCCGCAAUAACGCUUUUUUAUGAAGGGAUUUCUACACCGCCUCUAGUAGACCUAUUUUUGUCCCACGGUAUCCUGACUCCUAGCUAUUCCAGCAGCUGACGUGCUUUUUCAACUUCAUAGUGUUUCUCACUAGGGGUAGACUGCUCGCAGUCUACACUAGGGGUCAAUUCAUGAAGCUUUUACAAGUAUUGCUAUUGCUUUCAGACUUAAAACAAUAGAGGCACUUAUAAAAUUACACUUGUUGAAGUUUAAUUGAAAUGACCCCAGUAACCCUACUUGCGAAGUUUUCUAGCUUUAUUAAACCUAAUUCUACUUUGCUUUGAAAAUAAAACUUCUUGACUUUUUCAAUUAAGUCUCGUUUAAUUUUUGAUUCACCAGGAAGGUAUUUCAACAAAGAAGGAGAAAUUAUUGAAAACUGGUGGAGCAAUUAUACGUCACAAGGCUUUAACACGAGAGCGCAAUGCAUGGUGGAUCAGUAUAACAAAUACCCAGUGGAUGGUGGGAACCAGGGACAAACCCAUGUAAGUCACGUGUCAAUAGGGAGCCAGGAUGUUGAGGAGAGCAUUCGCGUUCCUUUAAAAUUUAUGGAGGUUAUUUCAGCUGGCUGAAUUGGUCAAAUAUAUGCGAUUUUUCCUGGCGCUGAAUUUUUAUGGAGCACAUCAAAGUUUUAAAAUAGAAGAAAAUUUGUCGUCGGGAGUUUAGGUCCUCUAUAAAUACGUUACAUUGAAAAGUUUCACGUUGUAGUUGUGCAGUGAAGGCGAAGAAAACAACUAAGUUGAUAAAUAAAACCAUUUUUUGUUUGUUUGUUUCACUCUCCCCACUGACGGGCAUUUUUUAGAAACUAAUCCUUUUAGUUGUGGACUAUUUAAUUUAUAAACUGAAUUGCGUAGCAAGCAUUUCCGUGCGGUUUCUGAGCGAAGAACGAAGAUGGAGAGUCGAUCAAAGACCGCUCGGCCUCGGUCUCUCUUUGCUCCGAAACCACACGAAAACGCUUGCUACGCAGGAUAAAAGAAAUAAGGGGAAACUACAGAGGCUAAUAGCAAGACAUCUUGCUUCAAACGUUUAUUCGUCAGUUAGCAAUGAGAAAAAGUAUGGUUCCUGGUUUGUUACCAGUUCGAUUCAUUUCGCUCUGUCAAGAAAAAAAGCAUUUACCUUUGAAAAUAAUCAUAUUUUUAGAAAUUCUAAAUUAAAUUUUCAUUUUCCUCUCGUGAUUUUCGACCCCGUUUUGUCCUAAAACAGAUCGACGGAAAGCUCACAUUGAGUGAAAAUAUUGCAGAUAACGGUGGCAUUAGACUGGCGUACUGGGUAAGUUUACGCGAAACUGAGCUAUCAAGGUUUGGACUGGUCUUUGAAUUAGAUUCACUUGCAAAGUAGUGAAGACAUUUAAACAUAAAAAUACUCUUCCAACACACCUUUUAGAGAAAGAAAUCUUUGGACUACAAGGCAAUCUUUAAUACCCGCUCCUCCUCCGGUAAAUAAGACGUACGCAUUUAUCGUCUGAUGAUUCUAGCGUCUUCUGUUAAGUGCGUCGUUCAUACGUUAAGUGCAUCUAGUAAAGUGGGAUGCCGUAAACUAGGGUGCAUUUAUGCCGAACUCGUCCAGAAGCAACUAGGAAUAGUCGAGAGCAGCCUUCACAGGAAACACUGUUUUUCUCAGUGUUGUUGUUUACUUUUAUGCAUCCUGUUUUGAAACCAGACGACUUUAACCUACAGGACGUUAAACUUCGUCCAGACGACUCGUCAAUUCAAGAAUGGCCAAUGCCGUCUUGGAAUUCUUGGAAUUUGAUAACGGGGAACAGGCCAGGGGGAUGAACAAUGCCAAUAAUUAUAAUUUUAUUCUAGCGCCUGUUUGAUUGAACCUUAUUCUCACCUCCUGAAACAUUGGUCCAAGCGUCACACUAGACGAUAGUGGGCAAUAAGUAAAGAGCCAUCUAAUUCCUUACUGUGUUUUCUUUAAACAGGGAUAUAAGAAUUGGUUAAAGAAGAACGGCGGAAACGAAGCGCUACUACCUGGUCUCGACAAAACAAAUGAACAGCUGCUGUUUAUCAGUUUUGCUCAGGUAAGUAAACAGAGAGUUGUAAAUUCAAAUUAGUGAUUGGACUGAACUAUACCUUCAGAAAAGUCCUUCGUCUGAUUUAAUAUGGCGUGACCUCUCGCGACCUCGUCGCUCGGUCGGCCUCUUCGCGGCUAAAAACGGCUCGCUCCGCUCGCCAAGAGGUCGACUUGUAGCAAGUCUGGGGCUGAACGAGUGGAGUGAUAAAUCUCAAGAGGCUGCGGAUUGGAUUAGGGAAAAAUAGAUAAAAAGGGAGAUAAUAGCGUCUAGUACUGAAGUGGUUAAUUUAGGAAUGUGGCAUUCAGCUGUCUACUAAGGGCACAGUUCGAUAAGGGAAGAGCAGUGUGAGAUUUGGCAGAGUGUUUGAAAUCAUGGUUUCUCAUUUUCCUUUCUAUCCUUUAAAAACGAUACCUGAAAAUGAUCACUAUUUUGAGUGUUAGAGGAAGCUUUCUUUUUUCCCCUGAAGGCUAAAAUCAGGGGCACCCAACGUCAAUUUUCGGAAAAUAUCUGUUCGGAAGACGAUUUGAGAUCUAGAAUUUUCGGAACAUUUGCUGUAAAAUUUCUUGCUUGCCUGCCUCUCCUAGGAUUUUCGAACACCUAAAAAAUGGUAUUGUUGCCCAUUUUUAACGGAUUUUUACCCUAUAAAGGUCACCUAGAAUUUUCGGGAGCCUUUUUUUCUGGCUGAAAUUUUCGAAAAGGCAAGUUUUGAUCCCUACAAUUUUCGGAUCACUAGACUUUCAGCUAUUUAGGGGAUAAAAAUAACUCUAUAUCUACCGUUUAAAUACUACAAUACGUUUAAUAAUGCUAUGUUUAAGUGGUUUUGAACUAUAUUCUCGUUGGGUGCCCCUGUAAAAUCAGUAAGAAUUAACUGAUAUACGGAAAUGUAGUAAAAUCAGUUUUCCUGAUAGCUGACAAAUCGUCGCAAACGAACUGAUAAAUGAGAUUCGAGUACGCUCAGCCGCGGCAGGAUUAGCUCAGUCAGUAGAACGCUUUAAAAUUAGUGAGAAAUGAAGGUAACCCCUUUGCGCUGCAAACCGGGCUACAUCUUCGCGUGGCUCGGAUGACCGCGUAAAAUGUCGGUCCCGUCNUAUAUCUACCGUUUAAAUACUACAAUACGUUUAAUAAUGCUAUGUUUAAGUGGUUUUGAACUAUAUUCUCGUUGGGUGCCCCUGUAAAAUCAGUAAGAAUUAACUGAUAUACGGAAAUGUAGUAAAAUCAGUUUUCCUGAUAGCUGACAAAUCGUCGCAAACGAACUGAUAAAUGAGAUUCGAGUACGCUCAGCCGCGGCAGGAUUAGCUCAGUCAGUAGAACGCUUUAAAAUUAGUGAGAAAUGAAGGUAACCCCUUUGCGCUGCAAACCGGGCUACAUCUUCGCGUGGCUCGGAUGACCGCGUAAAAUGUCGGUCCCGUCUCCAGUUGGAGACGAAAGAAUAGUGUUCUCAGUUAGUACUUUCGUGCUAAAUACAUUGACUCUCAAAUAAAGUGCAUUUUUUUAAAAGUGCACUUCCCACUACACCCUCUAAAUAACCAGGUCAUUUCAUGUCUUUUAGAUGUGGUGUAGUUCAUUCAGACCAUCAGCGGCGUACAAUCUGGCCAAGGCAGAUACUCACACAUUGGCAAACUACAGGUGACUACUUAACAUACACCAUAUUCACAUUCUUGCUAGCUACGGGCUGGUUUUACUCGAAAUUUGACACUUGUAGCUUGUUUAUGAUUAUGGGUCUCAUCUCUAACAAGUAAGUCAUUUAUGAUCACGGGCAGGGUCUUAUUUUUAAAGACUAACUGGAUUCUAAAUUUUUAAACUGAUAUCUGCCAAACGUUAAGUUGAUUUCUCGAAUUCUCUGGCAAACAAGAAUCACCCUCCUAGCCAAGUCAACUAAAGCGAGCGUUAAAAAAAUGGACCCCUUUUGCUCCAGUCAAGGGCUGACAAUAGCGCUCGUGCGCGCUCUGAUUGUCACGCCCUUGAUCAAGUUGACCCGGCUGGGAGAGCCAAAGUGUUUAUACAUGGAGAAAAGUUAUGCCGACUAGGAGGAUGACCUUUAGCCUGUUCCAGGCUUCAAGAAAGUCGGGUCCGCGGGGACUGAGAAGGCGGGAACAUGAAAAUUAAAACGGGUACCUUUCACUUUCGCACGUGUCCCCCUCUCUUUCGCGUCUUCCCCACUACAUGAGAGCCUGGAACAGGCUAGAUGACCCUUCCAUCGAAAAGGGGUGACCCGGCUUGGCUUCUCGCCUAGCUGAACCAACGUUUUGUUUCACAUACGGUUCUCUAUGUUUUGUAAGAAAAUCUAGGAAAGGCUGGCUCGCUCACGGUAGCUCAGUUAGAAGGGCGACCCUUCUGUCCAGAACAAGUUUUCUUUAUAUGAAUGAGGUCUCACUUGUCAAAGGAGCUGAAAUAACUGAAUUGUAUUUUUUUGUUUUUGUUAUUCUACAGGGUCAUUGGCUCGCUGUCAAAUUUUGAGGAGUUUUCGGAAGCCUUCAAAUGCCCCUCAGGUGAAGGGAUGAAUCCGGAGAAGAAAUGUCAAGUCUGGUGA